GGGUCAUUGAAGAAAGGCGCUUUAACUUCCAAUUUAAUUGAUGCCCCAUCAGCACUAGCACUAAUGUAGAAUCCAACAGGAUCAUGAUCUAGCUUUUUUCCAUUCCAGGAGGUACUGAUGGCAAGCUUAAUAACCUACAUUUUGAACAUGUGACAAUUAUAUAGUCAAAGUCUUCUGAAAUCAGAGAGUAUCCUGAAAACAUUUGCUAGUGUGAUGUAUGGUAUCCCAUUUUCAGGAACAGCCGUAAGACGAUCAAGGCAAUGGGUGGCUAACAGCAUUUGGUCUUUGAUUCUGAUGUCUGGAACAUGGUGUUCUUUUGGUUUCCAUUUGUACUGUAUCAAGACAUUUUGGAGGGGAAAGUUCAAGCCCCAAAUACCCAUCGAAACUUUGAUUCUUCUUAUCCCUCUCACUCUGUCAGGAGCUAUGUCAUUCACUGUGAUGGUUUGGUAUUUUUAUAACCCGCGCAAUAACUUCAGUCACUCAAAAACAAGACUUGUACCACAUUUUGAAUACAUGCCAGAGGGACACCAGAAAGAUGUUGGACCAGAAAGCAAUGACUGGAAAUACGUCAACAUAUUUUUGUUUUUUGGAAUUGUGAGCGUUGUGCUUGUUUUAUAUGUAGCCUUUGAUUUGAAUGUGUUUUUUGACUUUGCUGGUCUUCAUGAUUUCACUGCUCAUAUUCAUGACUUGUGGUUGUGUUUGUACUAUUUUUCUGUGUCCAUGAUAUACUGGGGUUUUAUCAGUGUAGUUGUUGCAUGUUGUAUUUUUUAUAUUUGCUGCCGUGAUAUUGUGCGUCACAUUGAGCAUACAGAGAAAAUUAUUCUCAAGAAGGCAAACAAUUACCUCCUUGCAAGGCACUAUCAUGAUUCUUUACUUACGUAUACUGACAGCAUUAUGAGUGCAACAAAACUAUGGUUUGGUAUCCAUAGUUUAUUUUUCAUGUUCAUCAUUAUUUCAGUUGCUUUUGAGUGGAUUACAGCAUUUUCUGGCAAGAAACAUUAUGAGAACAUUGCAAUUAUCAUUCUUUCACAAUCUGUUGGCUCAUUCCUCAUUGCAUUCAAAUUUGCUUUCCCUAUCCUUGCGGCAAGUAGAGUAACAGCCAGGUUUGAAAAGAUGUACCGUGUCAUCAAUAGAAACUGGAAGCCUGACAAAAUGCCAGAGGUUAAUGUAUUUAUGAAUUACUGCUGUCGCUGUGAGGCAGGUUUUACUUUAUUUGGUGUGAAAAUGACAGCUCAGUUGGCUUUGAUUUCUUUGCUGUCAUGUUUUGUGGGCUUCUUUAAGUUGUACAGAAAAGUUUCCUAGGUAUAUCUAAAGACACAAGUUUUAUUUCAUUUUGAAUUAUUUUCUACCAUCUUAGAGAUCACCUCAUAUGAGAGCUUACAGCAGUGAAAAUUGUUGCAUCCUGACUUAUUCAUUUCAAAGUUGUUUUGAUUUUGUUCUUUACUUCGAGGCAGAGCUUUUUGUGAAGUUGUUCAGUCAUUGGCUGAUUUGCAGCAAGCUCCACCCCAAAGUCACAGAAAAACCUCAAUCCUAGCGAUUUCUUUUGAUCCUUGAAGUCACAAUGCAACAGCUUCUGCUGUAAUCUUUGAUGAAUUACUUUGGAAUAAAAAAAUUAAGUGAUAUCUAAUUAUAAAUAUUUUUAAUAUGAAAAAAUACAAUUACAAUUUUAUGAAUCAUGAUUAUCAUGAUAUGCCAUUUAAUGAAAAAAUAUGCAAAUAUAUCAUCUUUGAUAUGGCCCUGAUAGAACACUUGAUCAAUUAGCAUGUACUAAUUAAAAGAAGAUCACUCAUUCAUUGGAUAAUUUUCUAUUCAUCAGUGAUGACAUUUUUGUAUUCAGUUGCAUGCUUAAUUUUGAGGGAUUUUUUUUUUAUUUUUAUUUCUAUUAGGUUUAGUACUCUUCUUCUUGUCAGACUGUUUAGAUUAUAAAAUUCCUCAAAAACUAACUUUUGAUCCGAGAUUUAUUCCCCCAAAUGAUUCUUCCAACAUCUUUCAAUCGUUAUGUAGGUAUUUCUUAAAUCAUCGGUGCAUUUUUUAACAAUUUUUUAAUGCAAUUCCUUGAACAUACGAGAGUGCGAGCUUCUCACUCAAUUGAGUAUAAAAUUAUACAGGCCUCACAAAGUUAUUUUAAUAAAUUAUUAUUUUUUUUUAAAUAA